GGGUAAGCUUUUUGAUUGGUUAACAAGUGCUUUUCAAAUCGAGUGAGCGGUAGCUGUUGAUGGUUUCUUCUCCUUUGGACGUGUUCGCUGCUGAUCUGUCUAUCUUCAGACGUCAUGAAGUGUUUGGCCGUCGAGGAUUUGAUCAACCGGACAGCUUCGUUGAGCGGGACACUGCUGUUAUGUCAAGAGCUCGAGAGACUUGCCAAGCGUGUACCACUUUAUGGGGGCACUCUAUGUGAUAGGGUCAUCAGAGCCUGUAACCAUCAAUUUGGACUUAAAACGCUGGAGUUUGAUCACAUAAGCCAAUUGGUAACGCUUGUGGAGCUUGCCGUUCAUGGCUAUGAUGUCUAUUCUCUCAACCAAAGCAGUCCACUAUACAUGGAAAAGAUCAUUUUCCAUGUAGUCAACAACCUAAGCUCUCUUCAAGUCCACACUCUCUGCGGCCGUAUCGCUGCGUUGCUGUAUACCAGGCUGACCUCAAAAUCACAGGAUGAGCACUAUUAUGUUCUUGCGCGGAGCUGCUUCUCCGUUUUGUGGAACAGUCUCGCUGCUACCAUGGAUCAGAAGGUCCUCAGUCCCCAAGACAAACUUCGUUGCCAGUUCCAAGCCCUCAACUUCCGUCUGUUGUUGGACACAGAAACUCCUAAUCUUUCUAAAGCUCCUGCAUACAUAGCGAGCGCCAUCUUUGAAUUUUCAAAAAGUCGUGAAGCACUGAAUGAAAAGGAUGCCUCUUUUGUUCUCCACGAAAUGCACGCUCUUUUCUCCAGAUGGAGUGGUAGUCAAGAUUGCAAGAUGGAUGGCUCUAUUGAUACAACAGGCAUUUACGCACUUCUUGAAAUGGUGCUUGUCAUAAUCAAGAUGCUGUGUAAAUCUGGGUAUCAUAGUUUGGCUUCCACCUUUCUGAAUGAAAUGGGGGUUAAGGUGAGGAAGUAUGCCGAUUGUCGUGUUGCACCUCUGGAGCUCGGGAAACGGGCAGUUGAAAUCCACUCUAUGGGGACACCUGCUGAGUGUAGUGAUAAGUUCUUGAGAGCGUGUGCCAGGACCUUGAGGUCUCUUCCACCAAAGUUGGGUGAACGUGAAGCUCAUUCUGUCCUGGAAGGAUGUCAACUGGUGAUGUGGGUUGUGGAAAAUUGCCAUAAGAAGGGAUUUAGUAGCCCUGUGCUGCUGGCUUGGUUUUCCUUUCUUGAGGAGCACCAAGACCUGAUUAAGAGGAUCCUGGAGAGCUCAAUAUUACAAAGUGAGCGCAGCAGUCUGCAGCAGAGCCUCUGCAUCAGUAUUCUCAAAGGCUUUGGAUUUGCCUCUAAGAGCUUGUUAGAGUCCCAGCUGGAUGACAGUGAGACUCUGGCCAGAGUGCUGCUCUACUGCCAAGCCACAGCUGGACACAUGAUGACUGAAAUGUGCAAACUGCCAGAUGAAGACUUUGUCGCCCAAGCAGUGGCUGAGGUGAGCAACUUAGGCUGUGGCUUGUAUAAUCGUCGUCUGUAUGAUCAGGCCUUCACGCUUCUUGAGCUCCUGUGUCGCGAUCUGAGCAAGAACUGUCCUGUUUCGCUCUCUACUGCUCGGUUGAACCGACCCUUCAUGCUAGCUGUGCAGUCUUCCCGGCGAGCGGGGCACCUGGAACGAGCGCUGGAGUGGGUCAUCCUGUGGCUGAAGGUCUUGGGGAAUAAAAUGGCUUUGCAUAUGACGGAGCCAAUCUCUUUGUGGGUGAAAACCAAGAUCGACGCCGCUCGUAACUCUGAAGAGGACAUCCGACUCAGGACUAUACGUGAUGGUUUUGGUCACGAGGUUCCCGAUGAAAGAAUAAUGCUUUGCCUUUUGGAUGAGGAGUUGCGUGCUUAUAAGGAGGAAGCAGGCGACACCUCGCAGGAGCGCUACAACACUCUUUGCGAUCUGCUGGACAUCUGUCAUGAGGAGAGCGCUCACAACCACCUGCGUGCUGUCUAUCUCUGCGAAAUGGCCCAGGUUGUUUGUUUUAAGGACUUCAGUGAACAGACAGAUUGUGCGGCUGUUGAUUUCGCCCAUGAAGCUUUACGGCUCCUGGAAGAAGAAAUGGAGACUCCUGAAAACACAAAUCAACUGAAGGACAACAAGGCUCAAGCUUUGCUCUGGAUUUUUAUCUGCACUCUUGAGAAGAAUCUCGAGGAGGCGAUCGAAAGAGACAUCAAGCUUCGGCAGAUGCGUGAGCAGACUCCUUGUGUGGAAAAUCCAGUAGGGACCAAUGAUUUUGAUUAUGAAGACAAGCAGCAAAAUGAGCACAACAUUUUGGUAUACGAUGGUCUGAAAUUCAGCCUGUCUGCUCAGAACAAGUUUUGCCAACCUUUGGAAAGAGCGCUGACUGAGUGGGCUACUCUUGUGCGGACACCAGUUUUGCCUUCCAUCAGGAAUCCUAAACAGACAUCAGAUUCUAUUGCGAUGACCGCAGCUCUCUUCCAACUCAUGGGAAAGCCUCUUAAAGCUUUGGAAGCAUAUCAACUUGCUAUUGAACUUUCCCGCCAAUUUGGUGACACUCAAGGAUGCGCAUAUGCCCUCUGUCAGUCGGCUAGCCUCCUCUUGGAAAUGGGCUCCUCUGAACUGGCUUUGAUUCAAACUGAACAAGCAGAAAAAAUGGUGAUCACUGAUGCAAGCACAGAAGAACCCUUCAUUCUCUCGCUGGUCAUCAUUUUGCUGAAAUCUCGAUGCUGUUACAGUACUGGACAGGUGGAUCGUGGGGUUUCUUAUCUGUGUGACGUGCUUAAAGAGACCAGUGAGCAGAAACGUUCUAAGGGCUGGUAUAUGUUGCGAGCUCAAGCACUCCAGACUUGCAGCUCCUAUUUCAGUUUGGACACGGCUUCCCUGCCACCAACCCAGCGGAGCCGCAUUUCACAACAUGGUUUUAAAAGCCCAGAUACUGCUUUGGGGGAAAGUCUGAAGCUUCUCAGUGGCCUGCUGGUCACUUUUGUGGGAAAAGGCUUGUAUGGGAGUCCUGGAAGUGCCGCCGACGUGCGCUUCAUCAACACAGGAAAUAAUCUGAUGUUUAAAUGGCGGCUGCUAUCAGAACUGUUGAACUGCUCAAUGAAAGUGAUUGUGAUGAGAACCAGCUACGGUGCCAUCAGUGAUGCUCGGCUGCAGUGUCGGGAAGCCCUGAAAUUGGCCAUCAAGUUGCAAGCACUGAGCCAAUGUGCUGAGCUGUUGGUGGUGAAAGCUGAGUUGGAACUAAAGCAAGGGGAGACAGCAGAAAGUGGAUUUGAUUUAGACAAAGUCAAGAACCUUCUGGAAAUGUACACAGAUUUUCCAGACCCAAAGUCCAAGUCGGAGGUUAAAAUCAAGCCAAGAAAAGGUCGGCCGUCGCAGAAAUCUCGUCCAUUUCCUGUGAUGGAGGAUGAUGACCUGAAGGACAUCCUGAGUACAAGGUGGACUCUCAAAGAGCCAGUUGUGAGAGAUGAAAGUAGCUCGCCACCGCUCAAGACCAAACCACGUCGUUGGCUCUCCUGCCUGACGCACAAACCAACCUGCCAGUGCCCUUGCUGCUCGGAGCCCUUCCUAGGACGCGUCACCGCCCGCUGGGCUGCCGGACAGGCCGAUAUGGUUCUCCAGCUUGACCCUUCUGAAGCCGAAAAUGCUUUUAAACUUUACUGGGCGGCAUUGGCUCGUUGCAAGACAGUCACUGCCAAACUUGAGGCUAAAUUGACUGAAUUCAUGCCACAGCAGAGCCCCGCAAAGACCUUGCUUCUGCACGAUGUGAUGGGCCGUGCAUACCUUCACAUGGCUGUUUCUGGCCUUGAAGCUAGACAGGGUAAGGUUUGCAGCAUAUGGAAAGUACUGGAAGCUGGUUUAGCUUUGGUUGAUUCUGUGCGCUCCCCACAACUCCGAGCUGUGAAAGCAGGUCUCAUGGUAACCAAAGCCAUUGCAUUAUUGGUUACCUUAUCUACAAAAAAAGAAUGCAAGCUGGAGGAACUUUUCUCAAAUGUGUGGACGUGGAAGGCGCCAAAACAAUUGAAAGUUUUGAAAUUGCAGCAAUGCUCACUCAAGGAGCCUGAAGGUUUGCCUAAGUCUGAAAAAAAGAAGACAAAGGUCAAGGCCUCGCAGAUAAAUUUCCAAUUGCCAAGCUACACAGCCAAAGGGAAAAGCCUGGGCCCCACGGCUCCAGUUAUUCCAAUGAGUCCGUUUCCCAAGACUCCAGUCGUCAAGUCCAGGUUUUCUGCAAAGGAGCUUAGCGUUUUUGACUUCAGCACAGUGGCCUGUACUCCAAUAAAGAAAGAUAAAGCCCCGGCCUCAGUACAGAGUGCGCAGAAAACUGCGCCCAAGGUGGAGUUUCAGGUGUUUGAUCAGUUCCUACCCACUCAAGACAAAGUUAAGCCCGUACCUGCUGCUCCAAGACGCACCAAGAAAUCUCGAUUCAAGGUGGAGUUUAGUGAUGAGAGUGACGCAGAGUAUAACCCUCGGGAAGUACCGGAUGAAAAACUGUCCAAAAAGAAAAACACUGCAGGACAAGCUACAUGUAAAGAUAAAGCUGCCUCUGCCACGAAGAUCCAACCGACAAGGCAGGCGAAGAAGAAGAGCUGCGCACUGCCUCAGAGCACCUCGUCCGAAGAUGAAACUUCCGCUUAUCGAGCGUCCUCAACAAGACGUGGACGAGCCAGAAAGGUGUCUGCCAAGGAGUUGGCGUUCGAGGAGGAGCCAGAAAAAAUGAGGGCCAUUGAGGAGGAAAUAAAUGAAAUUCUGGACAUGAGCAUUGAGUAUUUAAGGACGUCGGACAAAGAGGCAAAAGAUUCUGCUGCUUCAGACACAAAUUUUGUUGAGGUGUUGCGGAGGGAGUUGUGUUGCGAUUUGGAGGGGAAUGACUUGUCUACUAAGAAAUGUGGACGUCAAGCAAGAGGUCCUCAAACCCCUCUUCCUUAUCCGGACCUCACACCAGACAAUGUUUCAUUUGAAGAUAUUCAAGUGUUACUCCGCUCAGCUUGGCUGGCUCUUCAGCACUUCCCCUCUCCCACCGUAUUUCCAAACCUGUGUGCCCUUCUGGCACUAUCGACGGGGCAGCAGGAUCCCGUUACUACAGCAAUGCUACAUUCCCAGUCUUUGGGCAUCACAAGCCGGCAUCGCACCAUCAGGCACCUCGCCAGCUCUCUUAAGAAGCUAAAAAAAACAUCCGGCGAGCUAGCAGAUCAAAUGGACAGCUUAAGUCUCAACGAGUCGAGUGCCACGACUACGACGGAACAGAGGUUGUCUCAGUUGGAGGACAUCUUUUCCUUUCCAACAUCUGAUGGUUCAGCCUUCCCUCAGAACCACUGUCAAGAGUUGAUUCAGCAACUUCAACACCUUCCUUCAGGCGUGACUGUGUGUGUGAUGUCAGUGGUUGGAGUCAGAGGUCACGAAAUGGGGGACAGCAUCCUUCUCUCCCGUCUUGAAAAGGGCUCGGCUCCUGUGACUGUACACAUUCCCACGUCCACCGAGCCGCGCUCUAUUAGAUGGCUGGUCCAGGAGAUGGAUAGUAUUCUGGUGGAUCAAAAGGCUCUGAGCAGUGUGUCGAACAAAGAUCAGUGGUGGGAGGGCCGCAGGGCACUCAACUCUCGAGUUGAGUGUUUACUGAAAGACAUGGAGCAAUUGUUGGGCUGCUGGAAGAGCCUCCUUCUGCCUCUUUCAUCGGAUCCCAAGCUCUCCACAAAGGCCCAGCACCUUUGCAAGACUUUGUGCGCCAAGGGAGUGACAGCCAGUGAAGAAAUGUUAAAGGUUCUCCUUUCAGCAGUCCCUCGACUGUCCCCAAAAGAAUUGAAAAGCUUUGCUCUUGGAGUUUGUCCCGAAUGGGAUGACAAUUGUGAGCAGCUUCUCCAAUCGGCUGGUUUGCUUUUUGCUGACAAAGAGGAGCCUUGUGGUCAUGUGGUUCUCAUUCUGGACAAGUACCUUCAGAAGCUGCCCUGGGAAAGCAUCCCCACCUUGAAGUUCCGUUCCAUGAGCCGCAUGCCGUCUCUGCAGUCAUUAAUUGGACUGAGUAUUCAGAAAGAGACUGACCCUCAGUCUAUCUUGAAGCACGGUGUGGACCCAAAGAAUACAUUUUAUAUUUUGGACCCUGAUGGCAAUUUACAAAACUCAAAGAAAGAAUUUCAAGAGUGGUUCAGCAGUGAACCGGAUUGGAAUGGUGUGUGUGGACAUGCUCCAGAAACGGGACAGCUGGAAGAAGCUGUUGCAGCUAAGGAUCUAUACAUUUAUUUGGGCCAUGGUGCAGGGGCACGUUUCCUUGACAGCCAUGCGGUCCUGAUGCGACCAAUGAAAGCCGCCUCCCUACUGCUCGGCUGCAGCAGUGCUGCUCUGGCUGUGCGGGGGGAUCAGGAGGGGCAAGGAAUCAUCCUCAGUUAUCUCAUAGCAGGCUGCCCCUUUGUUUUGGGAAACCUGUGGGAUGUAACUGAUCGGGAUAUUGAUCGCUUCACCAAAGCUCUGCUGAAAUCUUGGUUAUCAUCAGAGUCCGGAAGUGCCUUGCUGGAUUAUAUGGGCCCUUCACGCCAGGCCACUUACCUGCAAUAUCUCAUAGGAGCCGCACCGGUGGUCUAUGGUUUACCAAUUCACAUGCGGUAAUGGAGGCCAGUCAGCUGCUAACAGAAUCACUUACUCAUAUUCUACACUGCAGUAUUUUUCUGUUUUUUCUAGUCUUUCAUUGUGAGGUUUUUGAACUUGCAAUUCAACUGAAGAUUUUAAUCAUUGUAAAGAACUGCAUUUUACUCUCAAAUUCAACGCCUGUUUUUGAAUUGUGAUUUUUGAGUAAAGAGUUUAAAUAAAUGUUCACUUGAAUUUUU